GGGGAACUGCAUGAAGUGAUGGCUCCUCUGCGGGUGCUGGAGCUGUAUAGCGGCAUCGGAGGCAUGCACUGCGGCCUGGCAGAGAGUGCCGUAUCUGCUGAGGUUAUUGCCGCUGUGGAUGUCAAUACUAUUGCCAAUGAAGUCUACAAAUAUAAUUUUCCAAACACACCACUGUGGGCAAAGGCCAUCGAGGGAAUAUCUCUGAAGGAGUUUGAUGCCUUGUCCUUUGACAUGAUCUUGAUGAGUCCUCCCUGCCAGCCUUUUACACGAAUAGGCCUACAAGGUGAUGUUUCUGACCCAAGAGCAAAGAGUUUCCUCUAUCUUCUGGACCUCCUCCCAAGGUUGAAGAACCCUCCUUCAUAUAUUCUUUUAGAGAAUGUGAAAGGAUUUGAAUCAUCUACAGCCAGAGACAACCUUAUCUCAACAUUGCAAAUGUGUGGGUAUCACUACCAAGAGUUUCUCUUAUCCCCAACAUGUCUCGGCAUUCCAAAUUCCAGACUGCGGUACUUUCUGAUUGCCAAGCUGCAACAUGAACCAUUUGCCUUCAAAACCAGCAGCGAAAUACUUGAAGAAUUUCCAAGGAGUAACUCACUUGGAUCAAUCCACUCCUUGGCUGCAAAAUGCUCGGAAGGAACAUAUAUUGAUCGGGAAAAUCCGACAAGCAAUACCCUCACGGAACAAUCCUGCGACAGAACCAUCCUCUACAAGCUGGAAACCACUGGCGAAUUGGAAAGAAAGCAGAGUCAGAACAACGAUUCUUCUGUUCAGAUGUUAAAAGAGUUUCUGGAGAAAAAUGUUGAGAUGAGCCAAUAUUUUCUUCCCUCAAAGUUGUUACUGCGAUAUGCGUUAAUUCUGGACAUUGUCCAACCAACAAGUAGACGUUCAACGUGCUUUACAAAAGGGUAUGGCCAUUAUGUGGAAGGCACAGGUUCUGUUCUGCAGACAGCAGAAGAUGUGGAGAUUGGUGAUGUCUACAAAUCACUGGAAACGCUGUCCGGAGAGGAGAAACUUGCAAAGCUCUCAACGCUAAAAAUGAGAUAUUUUACUCCAAAAGAAAUAGCUAAUCUUCAUGGAUUUCCCCCCCAGUUUGGCUUUCCUGACAAGACAACAACAAAACAGCAAUACAGACUUCUUGGAAACAGUCUUAAUGUACAGGUUGUAGCGAAGCUCAUUACUGUUCUGCUUCAGUCCCAUUAACACCGUCUUCAGAAGAAGUAAUCAACCAUUCUCUGUUUUACACAAACUGUGGAAUAUUAAAAGUGUAAAUAAUUAUAUAUUUAACGGAGCUUCACUAUUGUUGCAAUAAAAGGAUUUUUUGAUAUGUUU